GGAAGCGACGAUCACAUGAAGGGGCCGAUUGACCCUGAGUCUUCAGCACUACCUGCCAGUUACCGAGAUGUACAGUAGUACCCUUUAAAGCGUCCUUGUCCCACCCGUCAACUUGCUCCUUCAAUCCUGCACUGUCCCUCUCGCUUAUCCCUCUACUGGAAACAUAUCAAUUCUUCUCCUCUUCUCUAUCCUUACUCCUCGGUAGCGUAUCUUAAAACCUAUCCUCAUUUUGAGUGAAAUUCUUACCCCUCAGCACCGAAAAUGGCCGCCCCCGCAGAAGUCACCAUCAAGAAUCUCAGCGGAGAAUGGACAAUGAACAAAACCCUGUCCAACCCUACAGACGCAAUCCUGUCACUGCAAGGAAUGAGCUGGCUCACUCGUAAAGCCCUCAACCUCGCCACCAUCACCCUCUACAUCGACACCCACCCGAACCCGGAGGACUCUACCAUCAUCCACAUCAAGAUCGACCAGACCUUGACGGGUGGCAUCAAGGGAACCAGUGAGAACCGCAUCAGCGACGGCAAGAAGCGCGAACACACCGACCACAUCUUCGGCCAUGUGCAGGGCCAAUCGCGGUACAUCCGCGGGAGCAGCAGCAGCGAUGGCAAAGCCCGUCCCAACUUCGCGUUCCUGACCAAGAGCGAGGAUCCCAAGGUGGCCCAGUUCCUCAACGGGGAGAUCCUGGCGGACGGGAAGCCGGCGGACGGAUUCGUGGUUGAGGAUUUGGGCCAGGAAUUCGGUGAGGGCGAGGGUCUGUGGUUCCAGAGCUUUGUGGAGAGUCUGGACAACGGAUGGACGGCAGAGCAGAUCUGGGGCUUUGAGGUGAUCGAUGGGCAACGCUACUACACCCGUCGUGUAGUUGUUGCAAAGGAUAAGCACGUCGAGAUGGCCAGGUUCGUGUAUAGUUAUGCUGGCCCGAAGAAGGAAUAAUUUCUAUCAGCCAACAAGGAGUGGGUUGCACUGUGGAUUGGGCGGGAGAAUGUUCGAUAGGAGUGCUCUGUGCCUAUCAUCUUUAUGUGGCAGGUCUACUGUAAAGUAUUAUUACGUCCCGCUCGUUCAGUGUCCGAGACCAGACUGGCCGGUUCUCCUCCCGAAGCUGUUCAGAAAAG